GUCCGCUCGGCCCGUCGCCGCGCUCGCUCCUCUGGUCGGUGGACGGCACCGUGCCGAGUGCCGAGUGCCGACCGGUCGGAACGGAAGAAACCAUCCGCUCAUCCCCGUUUUCUCUUGUCCCGUUCACCACGCCUGCUCUCUCCCUUGUCAUCUUCUGGCGACGACUGGGCGACUGCCGACGGCCGCUGCUGCCGCCGGCCGCUGCUGCCGCCCUAGACCAGGUGGCCAGCUCUUGUCCGAGACCGUUGCUGGCGACGAGAAUCCAAUAGCUUAACCCCUAUGCACCAAGGGAAGUCGGAUCCUCAUUGCUGGUACAAUGAGCAGGCCGAAUACCCGCAACAAGAACAAGAGGCCUCGCGCUGAUGAAUCCAAUAGCCCAUCUGUGGCUGUUUUCAAGAAGAUACAUUCCACUGGUGAUAUCUCAAAAAGCGAUAUCUGUCAGCUUUACAUGGUGUGGAAACCGCUUUGCCACGGUUGCCAUGGUAACUCCAAGGACUCACCAAAUUGUUUCUGCGGGUUGAUUCCCAUUGGCAAUGGGGUUCGUAAAUCUGGCCUCUGGCAGAAAACUCAGGAAAUUAUCCGUGGUCUUGGUCCUAAUCCAUCUAGUGAUCUUCGUGAUUCUAGCGAGACACCUGCUGGGUUGACUAACCUGGGAGCAACUUGUUAUGCGAAUAGUAUUCUACAGUGCCUUUACAUGAACACAUCCUUCCGAUCUGGUAUUUUCUCAUUGGAUCUGGAUGUUUUGAAGAAGCAUCCAGUUUUAGAUCAGCUGGUUCGGUUGUUUGCACAACUACAGUCUAGCAAAAUGGCUUUCAUUGAUUCAACGCCUUUUAUUAAGGCAUUGGAAUUAGACAAUGGUGUCCAGCAGGAUAGCCAUGAAUUUCUCACCUUGUUUCUGUCUCUCCUUGAGCAAUCACUAAGUCACUCCAAGGUCCCUGGAACUAGAGAAAUAGUGCAACAUCUGUUUCGUGGCAGUGUAUCUCAUGUAACAAGGUGCUCAUCAUGUGGAAAGGAUUCAGCAGCAUCUUCAAAAUCUGAAGACUUCUAUGAACUCGAGCUGAAUAUUAAAGGUUUCAAUAAUUUGGAAGAAAGUCUAGACGACUACUUUAGUGAAGAAGGACUAGUUGGGGAGAAUCAAUACUUUUGUGAAUCAUGUCAGAAAAGGGUAGACGCCACUCGCUGCAUAAAACUUAGAUCACUUCCUCCAGUUGUUAAUUUUCAGCUGAAGCGUUAUGUAUUCCUCCCGAAGACAACAACCAAGAAAAAGAUUUCUUCGUCUUUCAGUUUCCCAGGGCAGCUUGAUAUGGGAAAACGGUUGUCAAACCCUACAUCUAGUUAUACAUAUGAACUAGCUGCUAUUUUAAUUCACAAGGGUACCGCUGCUAAUAGUGGGCACUAUGUGGCACAUAUAAAAGAUGAAAGCAAUGGGCAGUGGUGGGAGUUUGAUGAUGAAACCGUAUCCAAACUUGGUUUGCACCCUUUUGGUGAAAACUUAGGAAAAACAUCAAAUAAAGAUGAUAGGAAACCUCAAGGCAUUUCUAUAGAAGGUUCUGUUACGAACAAUAACAAUGGACACCAGGAGGCUGCAUCAUCUUCUAGCCCCGGGGAGAUGUUUUCAUCUACAGAUGCUUAUAUGCUGAUGUACAAAUGUACCAAUAAGGAUGGCAAUGCUACUGAAAGCAACAAAAUUAUGGAAUUCAAUAAUAGUUUGCUUCCACACCAUUUUCUUGAUGAAAUUAAUGAACAAAAUGCAUCGUGUAUGAAAUCCUGUGAAGAAUACCAAAGCAAGAAAGGCAGCCAUUUGGCAUAUAUAACAGAGAGGCGCCAAGAAGUAAAAUCUAUUCUGAUAGAAGCACCCGCAAAUCCAGAGGACAAUUCAUACUUUUGGAUUUCAACAGACUGGCUUCGCCAAUGGGCAGAUAACAUCACUCCUCCCUUAUCCAUUGACAAUGGACCAAUUCAAUGUGAGCAUGGAAAAGUUCCAGUGUCUAAACUCACAUCAAUGAAGCGUCUAUCAGCUGCAGCUUGGCAGAAAUUAUUUUCAAAAUAUGGAGGGGGGCCAACAUUGAGUGGUGAUGAUUUUUGCAUGGUGUGUCUUAAAGAUGGGGCGAAAAAUGCAGUAUCUGCUGAUGUCUACCGUGACCGCAAAGAAUCAUUUAAAAACCUUGCAGAAGCAGCUCUUGCUGGUAGUUGUUCAGAUAGUCCUUCUUACUUCAUCUCAAAGGCAUGGUUGACUCAUUGGCUCCGCAGAAAAAAUGCUGGUAUCCUUUCUGAUGCUGAUAAUGGACCAACGAGUGCUUUAAGAUGUCGCCAUGGGUAUCUCCUGCCGGAGCAUGCUCCAGGAGCAAAGCGGGUAUCCGUACCAGAGAGCCUGUGGUUAUUUCUCUAUCAAACCAUCAGCGAGAAGGUUGAUGAUGUUGUUACUUUUCCAUCAGACUGUCAACCAUGCAAAAUCUGUAGUCAGGAAUUGUCUGAUGUUGCUUCUGUUGAGGGUAAUCUUAGAGCAGUGAAACUUGAGCAACGAUACAAACAUGAAAAGUUAAUAUCUGGGAAGAGCUUUGCACUUCGUCCUGGUGAAAAAUAUUAUUUGGUUCCUUCAUCUUGGUUGUCAGAGUGGAGAGCUUAUAUUACAACGACGGGAAAAAAUAUUUCUUCACUACCAGAACCUCAAAGUCUUGAAGCUGUUGUCAGUUCACUUAUAUGUGAAAAGCAUUCGAGAUUGCUGCAAAAGCCUUUGGAUCUUGUUUGUAAGCGCGGAAGCAUCACUCAGAAAACAUCAAAUAACGAUGGUUUAACAAUCAUCCCAGAGUAUGAUUGGAAGUUAUUCUCUGAGGAGUGGAGUGCGACGCCUGGAAAAGGUAUAUCUGCUGAAAUCGCUUUUAGCAAGGACGCUCAAGAUAAAGUGCACGGUUCCUCUGAAGCAAUGCCGAUUACGGAUGGAAAUUUGGACCAGUCUCUUUAUGGUGCAAAUGACGAUUUUGGGGCCAGAGAGCCCUAUGUCAGAACUGAUCCUGAGGUUUGUGAAGAAUGUGUUGGAGAAAGAGAGAGCUGUGCAUUGGUGCAGAAGCUCAACUACCAGAAUGAAGAUAUCCACGUUUAUUUUGUCCGUGGAAAAGCACCACCAAAGUCUAUCAAAGAAGCAUCUAAAGAUGUUCCUGUAUCAGAUCGUCGGAUUUCAAAGCGUUCCAGGAGGACAAGCUCUGGGAAUUCAAUCAGUUUGAAAGUCUCUGGUUCCACAUCCGUCUAUCAGUUGAAACUCAUGAUAUGGGAAUCUUUAGGGAUCGUUAAGGAGAAUCAGAAGCUUCACAAAGGAAAUGUUGAGAUUGAAGGUGACUUGGCUACUCUUGCCGACAAGAGUAUCUUUCCUGGGGAUGUUCUUUGGGUCAGAGACUCUGAAAUCUUUGAGAACCGUGACAUAGCAGAUGAGAUUUCAGAGCAGAAGGGUGAUAUACUGCAGGUUGAGGAAGGCUUUAGAGGGACUCUUUUGACAUCAAGUGUUUCAGCACAGCUUUGUCAGGGCAUAACAUUUAGUGAAUGAGUUUCUUCCGUGAGAUAUAUGGCUGCACAUACCUGUUGGCAUAAGCUAGUUAAGGUCUCUAGAAGGUACCUGAUUGCUUCAGAGGGUAGUCAAUCAUGUCAGUUCUAGCAGUCCUGGCGAAAAGUUAUGUCUAUGCUUCUCUCCAUGCUGUCACACUAAGGAUGUCAAAUGUAUCCUCGCUUGAGGAAAACGGAAGAAGGCUCUUCCUUCUUCCCUAAUGUAAUGGUGACUUAGGUAUACCACUGGGCUACGGGGCUGUGAUGCCUGCAUGCUUAGUGUUUUUUUUUCCUGUUGUUGGCCAUGCGGGACCGUGAGGGCUACGAGCGACUUGCAUUGUACUUGGUGGUUGUGCACACAUCGGCUUAUUGACAGGUAGAUUACUAUGAAAGUCU